AUGUCACUCUCCGUGACUCUGCUUUGUGACGUCCUCGCAUUUUAUGCUGGCUCAGAUAUGCCAUUGUCACUCCUGUGUGUGUCUCCCAGCUUUCGGUUGGCCUGCGAGGAGAGGCGGGUGAUGGAGGUUGGGUCAUGGGGCUUUUGCCUUGCGGGCGAUGUCUCUCGCAGAGUCAUGUGGCGGCCGUCUGUCCCGCUGCGUAAGCGCUGCGUGGGGGAUGAGGUGUGCCCGGUGGCGUGGUGGUGCAAUCGACCGGCGCCCAACUCCUGCGAGGCUCCUCCGGUGCGUCUGGACCUUGCGGCUGCUUCCCUGUUCCACAGCGCCCAUCUUUCUGUCGCUUUUCUUUUCGACUCGCUUGUUGAACUGACGCUCCGGCGCGCACCCAUCAAGGAUGUGAACGUGCUUGGGAGGCUGCCUGCGUUGAGGAAGCUGGAGCUGGUGCAGGCUCAGGUGGUGGACAGCGGAAUCAUUGGACUGAGUGAGAGCAGGAGCCUGGCGGAGGUAGAUCUUUGGGGAUGCGCUGCACUGACGAAUGUCAGUCCGCUUGGAAAGGUCUUUACCUUGCGGAAGCUGGUGCUUGCUGAAACCAACGUCUGCGACGACGGUAUCGCCGGUUUGGUUGAUGGCUUGAGUCUUGACGAGGUGAACCUGGAGAUGUGUACUAAGGUCAAAAGCGUGGGAUUCUUUGGCCGGCUGCCGAGGUUGCGGAAAUUGCUCCUGGUGGCGACAUCGGUCGAGAACAAGGGCGUCGUGGGGCUGGGCAGCAGCACGAGUCUCGUUGAAAUUGACUUGUGGGGGUGCAGCGCGGUGGAUGAUGUGAACCCCCUGGGGAUGAUACCGACUCUGCGAAAACUGGUUCUUUUUGGCACCUCUGUGACGGAUGAGGGUCUCAGGGGCCUGAGGAGUAGCCGCGGCCUGGAGGAAAUAGAUCUGACGCGUUGUGAGGCUGUGACUGAGGCGGAGACGUUGGCGAAGUUGCCGACAUUGCGGCACACUGUGCUGCUGCACACUUCUAUUCGCGACGUGUCGGAACUUCUCCUGAUGGGGGUAACAGUGACAAUUUGA